UAUCGCAGUGAUCUCCCAGUGACCAACGUCUUGCUUGAACCGUCUACGGAAAGGAUACCAUUCUUCCUCUCCCUUUGAGCGACUGUAUUAAAAGGGACUAAGCCAAUAUGGCGGCUGCUCUGGGCAUCCAGGGUAAUGUUGGCGGUGGAGGAAAUGCGGCCUUCAAAGACAAAGAGAAACCGAUGGCGGUGCGGACGGCCAAUAUCAUGGCUGCGAGAGCCGUGGCCGAUGCCAUCAGAACCUCACUCGGUCCACGAGGUAUGGACAAAAUGAUUCAGUCCGGCAAAGGCGAGAACCUGAUCACGAACGAUGGAAAUACCAUGUUGAAGAGCAUGAGCGUCAUGCACCCUGCGGCGAAAAUGCUAGUAGAUCUCAGCGCAGCACAAGAUGUCGAGGCGGGUGAUGGUACGACCUCUGUCGUUGUCAUUGCAGGCAGCCUGCUUGGAGCCGCCGACCGAUUGCUUGCAAAGGGCAUCCAUCCUACCAUAAUAUCAGAGGCGUUUCAGAGAGCGGCGGCAGCUGCGGUCAAGGUGCUGCACAGCAUGUCACAGCCUAUCUCUCUGUCAGAUCGCACCACGCUUCUACAAGCUGCCUCAACGUCACUCUCUUCGAAAAUAGUGUCGCAAUACUCUGGCUUGCUCGGUCCUAUGGCGGUCGACUCCGUCCUGAAAACGAUUGACCCAAAGACUGCUGACAACGUUGAUCUACGGAAUAUCCGCAUUGUCAAAAAGGUUGGCGGAACUAUUGAGGACUCGGAAAUGAUUGAUGGAGUGGUGCUCAACCAGCCAGUUAUCAAGAGCAGUGGCGGCCCAGCCAGAAUAGAGAAGGCACGAAUCGCAUUGAUACAAUUCCAGCUCAGUCCCCCAAAACCCGACAUGGAGAACCAGAUCGUUGUGAAUGACUACCGACAAAUGGACAAGAUUCUGAAGGAGGAAAGAACCUACCUACUCAAUAUGGUCAAAAAGAUCCAGAAGGCCAAGUGCAAUGUGCUGCUAAUUCAGAAAUCCAUCUUGCGAGAUGCGGUCAACGACUUAUCUCUGCACUUCCUAUCGAGGCUGAAAAUCAUGGCCAUCAAAGACAUUGAGCGAGAUGAGGUCGAAUUCCUGUGCAAGAGCACUGGUUGCAAACCUAUUGCCAACAUCGACACAUUUACCGAAGACAAACUAGGAAGUGCGGAUUUGGUGGAAGAGGUCCAAUCGUCUGGGGCUCGAUAUGUCAAGAUUACAGGCAUUCGCACAGCGUCACCCCUAACCCAGACUGUUUCCAUCGUGGCCCGUGGUGCUAACACAUUGGUACUCGACGAAGCGGAACGUUCCAUACACGAUGCCCUCUGUGUUAUUCGGUGUCUGGUGAAGAAGAAGGCGCUCAUCGCUGGUGGUGGAGCUCCUGAAAUUGAAGUUGCGCAGCAGCUGGCGAAACGAGCACGAGAGUUGACUGGCACCGAGGCAAUCUGCUGGAAAGCUUUUGCGGAUGCUAUGGAGGUCAUUCCUACCACUUUAGCAGAAAAUGCAGGACUGAACAGCAUCAAAGUGGUUACAGAGCUUCGACAUCGACACGACAUGGGUGAAAAGAAUGCUGGUGUGAGCAUCCGAAGUGGAGGAGUCAAGACAAACAUUGCAGACGAGAAAGUGCUUCAGCCUUUGCUUGUGAGCACCAGUGCGAUCGAGUUAGCUGCGGAGACGGUGAAGAUGAUUCUGCGAAUUGACGAUAUUGCAUUGUCACGAUGAUGGUGGAAUGAAACUUGAUGAAGUUAUCUACGGGCGACCGGAAUCAAAAGUGUACUGUACCCAAGCAUAGCGUGGUCGUGGAAUGAAUAUACCCUUAUCUGGGGCGCUUUGAAAUGUG